AUGAAUGCAACCGUAGAAGAAGAAUUGUCUCCGAGCUACGCCUCCGACUCGUUGUUGAUAAACCGAGUUUGUGUAAUUAUUGAGCCUUUGAGUUCGUUGUUUUUCGGUUGAGGUGCUCCGGUAAAAUGUCUUCUUGGUCAAAAUCAAGCAAAGCUGCUCGGCGGCCGCCGGUCAACCCCAACGGAAGCGCACAGCCGCUGCGAUUGUUCCGGAGAGGUGCGCCGUAUCCCAGCAGGGAGGAGAGAACGGAGGAUCUCAAGGAUGCCCUGGACAGUUACAAAGAAUUGGAGCAAAAGCAAAACUUCAGCGGGGGAGUGAAGUUUGAGGCCUCAAAGCAUCAAGCCAAUGCCACUCAAGCCAAGCCUGACACAGCUGUAGCCGACAGACGGAAAACCUUGUAUCAGAAGUUCUACAGACAAGUGCAAGAGGAUCGAAAGCCGCCUGAUUGCGUGGUCAUCUCUGUUACCAACCAAUGCCUGAAUUACCCCAAAUCGCUAAGCCAGUGCUUGCAGGAGCGUGGCCUAUCAGUGGAAAUGCUCUACCUUCAGGCGGAGUCGGGCCUGACCCAAGCCCUACAGGAUGUCCAAAGUGUUGGCUCCCCGUUAUGUAUUCUGGUGGAGCAGACAAACGUAGCUCUGUCCUCCUGCACUGUUAUCAUUUUCUCAGAGUCCCUCAAGAUCCACCGCAACAUGCCCAAAGACCAGGCCUUGGACUUUGUUGUGGCAGAGCACAGGCGUGGACUUGCUAUAGAAAGCCCAGAAAGGGAUCCCGCAGAUGUCGCCGCGCAGGCGUCGCAGCUGCUGGGAGAUUUUCUGGACCGGGAAAAGAUUGAGCGGCACGUUGUCCCGUCUGAAGUCCGUCAGUUCCUCCAGCUUUUAACCGAUGGCGUGCAUCUUUACCCCGAGGAGCUGGACGCCAUCUCGCAGUAUGUCCAGGCCCGUCAGGAACACGUAGAAGCAUCCGACAACAGCAAAGAAGAGAAGGACAAAGUGUUACCUUCAGUACUUGGCAAGCCGCCUCCUCUGCUCCCGACACCACCUGGACCACCACAGAUUCAGUCUCCGUGUGAAGCAGGGCGGCCGCCCCAACCGAUGCCGCUCUUACCUUCACCAGGUUCCUACCCCAAAACCAAGCCUCCCCCGCUGCUGUCCUUGCCUCCAUCUUUGCACAACCCCUACGGCGGCCCCGGUUUGCAUCGUGGCCCCCUUAUACCUUACCCUCCGCAACGUCACCCGAGCCACAGAGUCUCCUACGGGAAUAGAGGAGCUCCGCCCUCCCUCAAAAGUUCUCGCCCUCCACUUUUAUCCACUCCAGUUGCUCCUCGUCUGAGUGGCCCCCGACACUAAAGGACAAGACAGCAGUAUUUCCAGUGUUCUACUUGUUACUCCACAGGGUUCAUAUGCAUGGAAGGUGACCUUUUUUAUUGUUCUUAGGAAAAUACAUACAUGACUGAAAGGUUUCACUGUACAGUGAGACCCUAUUAUUCAUUCAUUCUAGUCCCACUGGCACCAAUAUGUUCCAUCUCUAACCCCACGUUGUGGCUAAAAUAUUUUUAUAUAUUUUAUUUUAUAUAUAUUUUUUGCAUGUUUGUCACACGUCAAUGUUUCACAUCAUCAAACACAUUUAAAUGUGACUCAAUGAGAACACAACUGAACACAAACGGAAACUUUUUAUUAUUGGAAAAAUGAAUCCAAAGCUAUAAAACAGCCCCAGACCAUCACACUACCACCAUCUUAUUUAACUUUUGAUAUGAUGUUUGUUGUCUGAAAUGCAGCGUUAUUUUUACGCCAGAUGUAAUGGGACGGGCCUUCCAAAAUGUUUCACCGCUGUUCUGUUUUGCCUUUUGUGUGUAAUGACUCUCAUUGUGGUUGGCUGGAGUCCCAAAGCUUUAGAAAUAACUUUUUCCAGACGGAUGGAUCUCAGUUAAUCUCAGAAAUCAGGAAGGGGGCAAACUUCUUUUUCCACACCAUUGUAUUUUUUUUUUUGCAACAUGUAAAAAAACUAAUUAAAAAAAAAUCCAUUAUUGCAGUUUGUCUUAUUACAUGACGUUUAAUAUUUCACAAAAAAAAAAAAUAUUGGUCCUUUUGUCACACUUUGUUCAGUAUUCCAUUGUUUUGUAUAAUUUAAAUAGCUUCAUGUACAUGGAUGUAUUUAUUUGUCAUCACUGGGACCAUUUAGUUUUUUCAUAUCAGAUUUAGGUGGAAAGUUUAGCCAGAAAGUGUAAAUGAAUAAAUAUCUCAUACAGUGAUGUUCUUUGCAGUAUGUCCGAUUUUUUUUUUUUUUUACACGAAGCAUAUGCAGUAUCUUUGCAGUACGUUGUCCACUCUUUCAGUAAAUACAUGCAGUAUCUUUGCAGUACAUCAUCCACUCUUUCAGUAAACAUGCAGUAUCUUUGCAGUAUGUCGUCCAAUCUUUAAGUAAGAAUAUGCAGUAUGUUUUCUCUGUUUUGCACAUAAAAUACGAUGU